AUGAAAUCAUCACUAGCUGUUGCAGGAACAAUCAUCAGCUAUUUCAUCUAUGCUCGAGCUGACCCAAGUCUUGAAAACUAUUAUUGCGGUAAAAAUAUAAUUGAGUCUGAGGUAGUAGAAAGAGGAAGAAAUAACGCUUGCCUUAGUCUUGGUGGAUCACCCUGGUGGGUCGAAUUCCCGGCUUCGUUAGAUGGUUCAAAAAUAUUCGGUAUCAAAGAUGCCACACUUUUUUCCUGGCCACUCGGUUGGGAUAGCGUAAAAGAAGUGGCUGGACACGAUGACAUAAUUUCUGACCAUUCUGCAGGCAAAGCUGGCAAUCUACGAGUUGUUAUAGACUCGACGUGUAAUUUGAUUGGUGUGAUCCAUAAAAUUGACAACACUUACCAAAAGUGUAUUCAACCUCUGAAUCCGAGUGCUAUACCAACUUUUUCACUUGAGCUUAGCCUGAGAAAUCCGAUCAAGACUUACGGGAUUGAUUGUAAUGGAUUCAUAUUUUUUGAAAAGGAAUUAGAUGGAGCUUAUGAUUCUCUGCACCACUACUCUGCCACUGGGGCACUUUCAGACCACUUUAAGGAACCGAGUGGCUUCCUUCAAAGCCAUACUUUGAGUGAACUUGAUAAUGAGAGGGUUUGGUCAUGGCCAGUACAAUUUACGAUGGAAAGACAAACAUCCGAGAGCACUCGAGAAAGUGUGUUUCGUACUACGAUAAACCGAACUGGAAAUAAAAGGGGGAUGAUAUAUAAAAAAGGAGACAGCUGGAGGCGGUGUAGUGAUAUUAGAUACACGGACAAUAAUCCAUCAGCAUUGAAAAAACACAAGACCUCGGUCGGCAAGAAUUUCUUGUACAGGGGUGGUGAUUUCCAGUGUGGCGAUCAAACCAUCGACACUAUUACGAUUAAUAGCCACCAGCAAGCAGCCUGUCCACGAGUCAGGGAGCUGGUCAAGUCAGGAAACAUGAAUGAGCUGCUUUAUCCUUGGUCACCUCCAGAUUCGUCGUACAAAUCAAGAAAGGUAUGGUAUUGGCCUAUCAGAAAGCCAGAACUUUCCAUCGGUCAAGAAUUGGACAAUUCGAAGCAUCAAUUGAUCUCGCUGGGAAGUGACUGUGAGUUUUUAAAUGUUUAUUAUCUCGUUGAUAAACGGAAGACGGAAUGUCAGAAACUGAAUAAAUCAGUUCUACCGUUAGGUUUGCAAACUAAAUCUGCCACUGUAGAUCUAAAUCCCCUGAAGCGAAAACAUAUCGAAUUUGAUUAA